AUGCAAACGGAGAUGGAAUUUUCCUGGAAGAAGAUCAAUCGCGGCGCAGACAUACGUCGAGUCGGAAAUCGUAUAGAGAGGCGAGCCGUAGACCGCGAGCAGAGCAGGGGAGAGAGAAAUGCCGAGGCGCGUGAGGCGAAGAUUAGAGCUCUGCGCAAGAAGAAGACUUCGACAUGGUCGAGGUGGAUUGCACAGCUUGCGCGUGGGGCUUGGGACAAGGUCACUGACAACGUCCAGUUCAUCUCCAAGGCGAAAGAUCGCAACCAGCAUCACACAUUCGUCUACACACACUCCACCUCCCUCAAGCCAGCUUUCACCAGCAAUCACCGCCAUGGUCAACGUCACCCCCAGGACCGUGCUCUCUACAAGGAGAGACACGACUGGGCCGACAGGCACGAAGAAGACGUCGCCGGCGUCAAAGACCUCUUGGAGAGAGCAGCGGCUGGCGUGACCGUCUCACUCGCAAUCCCAGCUAAGGCGCGUCUCAUGCUGGUCCUGCGUGAGGUGGAGAACAUGGCGAAGCUCAACAACAAGACGGAUUGGGCAAACACCAUCUCACUGCUGCACACCCGCUCUCGCGGCAGAGCUCGACGUCUCGGCUUGCGCGAGACUAUGGGACGGCGUCGCGUCCUUGUCGAGGCUGUCAUCUGCAAGAAUGUGUGGUUCAAGAAGCUACUCGACGACACGGUCAUUUGGGCGUUGCGGUCGGCUCUCUUCACUCAAGAUCUUUCGAUUGGGCAGCCAUAA